ACCGUUACAGCAGAACGUUUUCAUGGAGAAAUGGAAUCACACUUCAAAUGAUUUCAUUUUGUUGGGUCUGCUUCCCCCAAAUCAAACUGGCAUAUUCCUCUUGUGCCUUAUCAUCCUCAUAUUCUUUCUGGCCUCGGUGGGUAACUCGGCCAUGAUUCACCUCAUCCAGGUGGAUCCUCGUCUCCACACACCGAUGUACUUUCUUCUCAGCCAGCUCUCCCUCAUGGACCUGAUGUACAUCUCCACCACCGUCCCCAAGAUGGCGUACAACUUCCUCUCUGGCCAGAAAGGCAUCUCCUUCCUGGGAUGUGGUGUGCAAAGCUUCUUCUUCCUGACCAUGGCGUGUUCUGAAGGCUUACUACUGACCUCCAUGGCCUAUGACCGUUAUGUGGCCAUCUGCCACCCUCUCCAUUAUCCCAUCCGCAUGAGUAAAAUGAUGUGUGUAAAGACGAUCAUAGGCUCUUGGACCCUGGGGUCCAUCAACUCUUUGGCACACACAGUCUAUGCCCUUCAUAUUCCUUACUGCAGGUCUAGAGCUAUUGACCAUUUCUUCUGCGAUGUCCCAGCCAUGCUGCUUCUUGCCUGUACAGAUACUUGGGUCUAUGAAUAUAUGGUUUUUGUAAGUACAAGCCUCUAUCUUCUUUUUCCUUUCAUUGGCAUCACUGCUUCCUAUGGCCGAGUCCUAUUUGCUGUCUAUCAUAUGCGUUCAAAGGAGGGAAGAAAAAAGGCCUUCACCACCAUAUCAACACAUUUAACUGUUGUGGUCUUUUAUUAUGCACCUUUUGUCUACACCUAUCUUCGGCCCAGGAAUUUCCGCUCACCAGCUGAAGACAAGAUCCUGGCAGUUUUCUACACCAUCCUUACCCCCAUGCUCAAUCCCAUUAUCUACAGCCUCAGGAAUAAGGAAGUCCUGGGGGCCAUGACAAGAGUGUUUGGGGUAUUCUCUUUCCUGAAAGAAUAAUCAUGGUCUUCCCUACUCCCUUCGUAUUUCCUCUUUCCAAGUUGAUUUGAACACGCUAGAGCAGGUAUGUCCAACAUAAUUUAAAAUUUUGUAAUAGGUACAUUUAAGCAGUCAAAUCAAUUUAAAUAAUAUAUUUAAUUCAAAACAAUGUUAUAAUUAAUAUUAACAAUAUUGAUGUUAAUUACAUAGCAUACUAUUUCAAUAAAUUAUAUGCAAUAUGUUACACUGUAUGUUUGUACCUAUAUUACUAUUACUGUGAUAAUAUUUAUACUCAUAUAUUGAUAUAGAAUUUCUUCAGGUAAUAACACAAAUUUGUUAAUGUCGCCUUUUACUCUGUUUGCAUUCUAAGUCUUCAAAGUCUUGUGUUUGUUUUAUGCUAGAGUACAGUGCAGCUUGGACAAAGCAUAUCUCAAGUGCCUAGUCAGUGUCUACAGUGUUGGACAGCACAGCCUUAGAGCAUCCCCAAUCAAUAGUUUUCAGAAGUUAUAUAUGCGUAUGUGUGUGCACGUAUGGUGUAUACAAACAUAUUUUUGGUAUACACAAUAUUGCUGAUGAACUGAAAAUUAACAAGUAAAACACUUAUGCUAAGGUAGUGUUUAUGUGUUUCUUUAUCUGUUGGCUCAUUUUUAGCAUGUGCAUAUUUAUUGUAAUUAACAUUUGGAGUCCAGUUUAUCCUAACAUCUUUUAAUAAAACUAUUCAGGGAGAGCUUAUCUGACUUACAAUUUUGCUGAUUUCAAUAAAAACACUGAGAUUAAAUAACCUGAAUAUGAAUAUAAGAAAACCCCACAUUUAUAUAUACAUAUAAAGUAAUAAAAUUAUUAUAUAAAUA